CAAAAAAAGGUUGGGAACCACUGGACAAAACCUGUGCAUUCGCCGCCCAGGAAAGCGUCCAAACAAACAGAAGUUCAUUCGGGCGUUCAUGAUCUGCAGCGAUGUUGAGAAAAGUCUUCAAGUGUGUACUUCGGUCAUUAUUAUUAUAUUUAUAUAUAUCUUGGUGCCGUGCCCGUGGUUUUAUAUAUAUUCUGACAUAUUGUGCUACAUCUGUACAUUCACCUGGCUGACAUGUGCAGAUUGGUGUGCCACUAGUCCUAUUUCCUGCCUCACCAUACAGUUUAAUACAUUACAGCCUAUUAUUGGUUCAAAAUUUAAGCUCCUAUUGACGUUAGCUUACUUUAUACGUUCUGUACGUUAGUACUGUAGUAUCUAAGUAUGGAUCAGCCUGCAAUGUCAAUGGGUGAUGCAGAAGGUGUAGAAGCUAAAAAGGACCUUGUUCCCAAGAAAGCGCAGAAAGGUGGAUUGAUUGUUAUUGAUAUCCCACCACCACCUGAAGAUAUUUGCAAAAUUUGUGAUCCAGUGAUGAAAACGGAUUUACGGAUCGCUAUAUUCACCACUAUCUUUUGUUGGUUUCCACUCGGCGUUCUCCCAAUUAUUUUUGGAUUCAUCAGCAUUCAUUAUGCUCUUGAGGCUAAAAAGACUGAUUCUGCUGAGCUACGAUCAAGAUACUCCUACAUUUCUGCAUCAAUCUCAUGGAUUGGGAUGAUGUUGUUUGUUACUGUACUCACUUUGGGUGUUGUCAUCACCGCCACAUGUGGUAUUCUUUAGUCUGUGAUUGUGAACAAGUUGUAUUCAGUCAGUUCAAAAUUUAUGUUUAUGAAAUUCAACAACAAGUUUUCUACUUAAUUAAGUAAAGUUUAUAUUAAUUCGUUUCUACAUAUUCUGUAUUGUGUUGAAUUACAUUUGAACAUAUUUUUUGAACCUGGCUCGCUUUUCAUUAAUCAUCUGAAUCACCUCAUUUGAAAUGACUUUCAUUAUUUCUUCAAGUUGUUCUCAGUUUUUAUUUUUGUCUCAUAAAUUUUACUGUGACUUACUGGUAGUUUCUGAUUUUUGAACUGUUCUUCACAUAUUGCAUUUGAAGCUUGCCCAGGUGUUUUUUUUACCAACUGUUUAUACGAAACAUUUUCACUGUGUUCAUUAUUAAGAACGAAAUUUUUUUGUUACUUUGGUCAGUGCCUUGCCAUUUAUAUAUUUUUAUUUCAUUUUGUAUUUACCUACGGUUAGUGUUUAAAUAUUUUUUACCCUACCGAAUGUUUCUUCAUGAUUAUUGAUAGAAUUCAAAAGAAAAAUAAUGGUCGCAUUAUGGACAUCUCAUCCAUAUUAUAUAUCUUUGUUGCGUUAUUCAUGAAUUUUUUUUUGAUAUCUUGAUUUUGAUGUUUUUUUGCAUCUUGUGCUUGUUCCAUUUGUAAAAAUUUUGUUCAUUAUUUUGCCUCGGAAGUUUCUGUGAAAAUUCAAUAAUUUUUCAUUAAACUCGGAUAAAAAAUUUUCCUAUACUAGUUAAAGUUUUUCAUCUGUGGUGUGCUGUUUACAUAAUUCUGUAGCAAAAGCAACUUAGCAUUCAUGUGAUAUAUUUACAUUAUUGCAUAUUCUCAAAUGAAUACCAUUACAUGGGAUAAAUUAUAUUUUAGAUUAUAGCUUCACAGUUCAAAUUUAAUCUGUUUUGGCGAAUAAACUUAUUCACAAACAA